AUUUCGCUCGCCGGGUUCUCCCGGGGUCGGACGGGCAGGAACCGGCGGCGAUGGAGGCGGUGCUGCGGUGCCUGCGGAACGCGAGCGGCGGGGCGCUGCCUCUCGGCUACAGCUUCAUCUCCAUCUCUGACCUACAGCAUCAGCAGCGCAUACCAUGCUGCAGCCACCUGAGCUGGAGCACUAAUGAAUUUAAGGAAUGGUCUCAUCAAGGACAAGGUGCUUUACCCAUGCAGAGCACUUUGCCAAGGACUUAUUUGAUCUUGGUUGGUUAUUUAACAGAUGGAAGGCAAGAAAACGAAGAAAAGUUGGUAGAUGGUUGUUUAUAUGUGAAGGACAAGACUGGGAUAAUUCCAUGUGAGCUCCUGCACUUUGAACUGGAGUGGCUGGAGUCACUGUUUGUCUUCCCAAGCUGGUCAUAUAUUCCACAGACAGACCAGAGUGCAGCAGGGUAUUUGGAAAUCCUGGUGGAUCCAGUGCCAAUAAAUGGCCCCAAGGAAAUGCUUCACAACAUUCCAAUCACCUCCCCAGUGUCAGCUGAGCCACUGCUCACCUCCAGGAUUCCAUGUAAGAGAAGAUCAAAGGUUGCUGUAGCAGGAGAAUUGACCAGACUGGGGCCUCUCCUUUGUGUUCACCACAAAACAUUCUUCUUUGCCUUUCUGAAGUGCUUUUCCUCAGCUGUUUGUGUCCCUGUGCUGGUGCAGAAACCCAGCCAGCUGGUGUGGCAUCAUGUCUUCCAGCUGGGUCACAGGUACACAAUAACAGGYCUGAGUAUGUCCAGCCUGAAGAAAUCUGGACAAAGGAUGUUCAUCACCAGUGUUUCUUCCUGCCUUCUGCCCUACUGUGCAGAGCAGGUGAGGGAGCAGCCACUGAACAGUGCUUGGCAAGGAGAAUCCACUCAGUCUUCUUCCCUUGAGACUGCUGAGCAUCUCAGUGGCUCCUUGGAGCUGGGAGCUGAAGAGGAGAAAUCAAGAUCAACCAAAGAGUCCAGGAUCAUCUCCUAUGUGGGAUUUGUCACCAAAAUACUUAAUGUCCAAGCUGGUCUCUUUUUACUGGAUAACCAAAUCUGCUUGUGCCUUGCUUACCGGCCACUGCUGAACUCUGCACGGGGAUUUAGACCAGGAACGUGUGUGGAGCUCACUGAUGUCCACCUCCUGCAGAAGCCUCUGGUGUCCUUCCCUUUCACUGUGCUCGCUGCUUGCCUGAGCAGCACCGUUGUGCUGAAGAGUUUUUCAAGGCUCAGCACCCCCUUCCAGCCACUGAACUCUUCAGGAAAUCUCUGCUUACAGCUGCUCUUCCGCUUCAGCCUUGGAAUGCCACUGUACCUGUGGCUGGUGAGCCUCCUGGAGAUGUUUGAGGAGAGAUUUUCUUGUUUCUUUGGGUGCCUUCGACUGCUUAAUUCUAARCACCGAAACUCUGGAGCUGCUGAAAAGUUCCUUGUUCCCCUUCUGCAAGCUAUGGUGCCAGACAGAGAGGAAGCAAGAGAUAUUUAUAAUGAAAUUCUAGCAAAAACACACCAGUGUCCCCUGCAGAAAUAUUUGCCUCUGAACCCUCCAUGCCAGGUGCCAUCUCUGGCUGUAGUGUGUCGUGUGGCAGAACAGAAGAGCUGGGAAGGUUUCAGUCCAUCCCAGUUGCUUUCACCCUCAGAGGCACAGCACAUGGGCACCCAGGAGCUGAAUCGUAGACUGGCCUGGUCCUACUGCACACUCUCAGCUGGAAGUUUCCAGCCCCAAMUGAUACUUCUGGGUGUGCUGAGGGUCUCCUCCAGGAGCAGUACCCUCCAGUUGCAGGACAAGAGCAGCACUCUUCCCUGUGUGAUCUCCCAUAAGGAUGGCAGCCCCUUUGCCCAGACAUCUCUCAUAGGAUCACUCUUGCAGGUGAAGAACUACCAGCUUGUAGUAGAGAGAUUCCUUAAGACUGAUUUUCCCUCCUGGGAGCACCUGGAAAAUCAGGAGCAUGUGAGAGAGAAAAAAACUAGCAUCUAUGUGCAGUUCUACUUUGAGGAUGUUCAGGUUCUCCAUGCAGCUGAAGGACAAAUCCAGAAAGGCCUUAGGAGUGGAAACAGCUCCUCUUUGAGGAAGAAGAAAGAUGGCAACGUAACAUCYGAGCUGGAAACCCCAGAGGCAAAAAUGCUGAAAUUGGAGGAUCCCAAGGCAGAUAWUGGCAGAGAUGAGGACUGUCAGAGCAGUAGCAGAACAAUGAGCUGUGUGUCUCAGCUUUUCUUGGUGACCCAGAAAGAGGGUCUCAUGCUGCGCAAUUACCAGCUGUCUGGAGAAGAAGCUAAAGAAACACAGGAGAGGCAGUGCAGCUUCCAAGCCACAGUGCUGUGGCUGGGCAAACCACGGCUCUGGAGCCACCCUAGAGAAACUGGGAAUCUGCCAGAGCUGGAGGAGACGGGCCCUGAUGGAGAGGAGGGCAUGACACAGCAAGAAGACUUGGAAGUGUUUAACAAGCUCUGUUUUCCACCUAUGCCAACAACAUUCCUGAGCAGGUCAUCGUGCCCUCUGUGCCUGCCUGUCCAAGACAACUGGCACUUAGAGCAUGAGACAUGGAUCUCUUGUCUGCCUGAACACCAGCUGAAAGUCAUGUCAGUACUGACAGGCGUGGACCAAAGAAUUUCCUCCAUUCCAGAAGUGCUUAGCAGCAGUUUGACAGGUUCCCUCGUUUCUUUCUGUGGUGAGAUUGUGGAGAGAACCUUGUGUGCCUCUCCCAAGAAUGAGAAGCCACCUGUGACCASUGGCCUUCCAAAGCAGAAAGGGCCUCUGCUCUCCAGGGAUCACAGUGUGAAGCUCAGUGUCUCAGCUGCYCCAGGCUCCCUUGUUGUGAUGGACAUUUACAUUACUGCCAGCUACCUGCAGCAUCUCUGGGGUUUGCUGCCUGGAGCCAAGGUCCUCUUCCAGAACUUGGAACGCAAGAUCUCAAGAUUCCAUAAUGUUUAUUGCACAUACAUUGCCUCCAGCUGUGUGAGCAUCGUAUCUCUGCCAGUGUCUCACCUACCUUUUCCUUCUAGCCUUGCAGGAGAAGCCUCAUCCCCCUCACUAGUGUUUCUAUCCAGCUUGACACCUCAGCUGCAAAAGCUGUCCCAGGCCCGGAUUUUAUGCCACUUGUCCUGUGUACUGACUGUGUGCCUGCAGUGGGUUUGCUCACUUUGCAGCUGCAUCUUCAAAGAGGGGAGGUGCACACGAUACAAUCCUCCGUGUCCAUCAAACACAGGAGUGAGGCAAGCCAGUGCACGGGUGCUGGUGGAGGAUGGAACAGGUGAAGCUGUGGUGCUGUGCAGAAAUGAACACGUGGCAGCAGUGCUGGGACUGAACCCUCUGGAGUGGGAAGCUGUGCAGAACUGUGUGCAGAGCAGGGGCAGUGUGUACAUUCAGCACGGGGAAGCUCCUGGCACAGGGUGUCUAGAGGAACCUGAGGAUCUCGUGGCUUCCUACCUAAGGAGUUUGUGCAGAAGCCCUCUCAUCUGUCGCCCUAUCCUGCUGGAUUUCAGCCUGGACAGGAAACCCUCCAAGAUCCUGCAACCUGCUCCUCUGCAGCUGCGCAAUUUUCGCUGUGGUGAAGUGGAGUUYGUGUCACAAGUGGGACCUCGUCCAAUUCUGCUGUGCCUGAACAUAAAGGAAGUGGAACAAGAUGCUUUAUGCUACCUGAACAGCCAGAGGAUGAGGACAGCAUCCAGUUCCUGCUGAGUGGGAGCCACUGCUUAAUAUCUCUCCCAGUGGGAGAGGAAUUUUGGAAAUACCGACUGGAAUCAGGAGCUUUUUUUAUCUCCUUUCCAGUGGGAGCAUAAGCCUGUGAGCACAGGGUGAAGUCAAGAAGCUGCUGUGACUUUUGGAACUCCUGAAUGGUCACUUUGAGUCAUUGUCACCCAGUGACACUGGGCUAUAUAUGGGAAGAGAGAUGUUCAGUGUUUCUGUGUGACAGCUGUUGCCUUGGGCCUAGGGGCACACAAUGUGUGCAUUUUGUAGUAAUAUCUACUAAAUAAAGCUAUCUAAUUUUGUGGUAAUAUCUACUAAAUAAAGCUAUUAAAAUAUUACCUAAGGAACACUGUAUC